UGGCUUAGGGAGUGCUUAAGUGCCCUGAGAAGCGGCAUAGAGAUGUACCUGCUCUUGCCAUUGCUAGGCAGCCAUCCCAGGCAAUGUGGGCUCGGGAAGGGAAAGUGAAAGUGGAGGGAAAGUGAAAGCUGAGCCAGAGCUACUUCCAAACAAAGCAAAGAGGCAGGAGGAGACUGGCUGGUUAGAGAUCCCUUGAGAAUGAGCGCAAAGGAUGCCAAGGAGGACAGAGGGCAGCGCUUGGAGGGCUUUUGCUUGGAUCGGGUGCUGCUUUCGGAGGAGGAGGCUUGGAGGAGAGGCAGGGAUUUCCUCCUGGUGAAAAGGGGGCUGCAGAAGAUGGCUCAGUGGGCCUACGAGGCCAGCAAGGGCUUGUUCCCUGGGGAUCCCCUCCCAGUGGGCAGCUAUUGCGAAGGACUGGACUGCCAAGUGCCAGGGAGUUCCAACGAUCUCGACUUCCUCCUCCCAGUCAGGUAUAACCCUCUGCUGUUGCUGGAGAGUGGGGCCCCUACUCAAGACUCUCUUCUGGGCUGCAAGGAGAAGCUGCCCACCUACAUCUUCCGAGAGCAAGGGCUGCCCCUCUCUCGCUGGGGGACCAAGGUCCUAGUGGAUCUGGAGGCAUUUGGGGAGGUCUACCUGGAAAUCCACUGCCACAAGCAGAAAGAGAGGAUGGAGGAGGACCUGGAGCUGGACAAACUGGAGCAGUGCCAGGAAAGUCUCAGUCACCACAACCUGGACCCUGUUCAAAUCUUGAAGGACCUUCACCAUUGUGUAGAAAUUGCCUUGGAUCCAGAGUAUACCCAUCCUCGGCAAAAUGAUGAAGUGUUCCGGCAGAGACUCUUCCCCUCCAGAGUUCCCACAAUAGACCACAAGAUGAGAGAGAGCUUCAGACUGGAGCCCUUGGAUCUUGGUGGUCCAGCCAUCCAGCUGGCUUUUGAUGGAGGGAGCGAGACAGUCCCAGUGAAGCUGGUGCCUGCCAUUAAGGGGGCCUUCAUACUUUCCAACCAGUGGGUAAGAGAGGACCUUACCCACCUUUCUGACUGGUGGGAUGGAGACCUGUCCAAUGAAAAGAGCAGCUUCCUCCGGAAAGCAGCAGUGGUUCGGGAAGUUGGGCCGGAGCUGGUUGCCAAGGAAGGAUUUUGGAGGCUCUCUUUUAGCCAUGCGGAGAUGAUGAUUCUUGAGGAUGUCGAUGCGGAUGGGGGUCAGAGACAGGCAGCUCUAAAGCUGCUGAAGUUUGUCAACAGGACAAGAUGGAUGCCAGAGUAUGGAAGCAUCUUGACUUCCUACCAUCUCAAGACUAUUUUGCUGUGGUGCUGCGAAAUCUAUCCUCAGAAGGCACAGUGGGAGACAAUUCUGUCCUCAGUGCAGGCCCUCCUAAGGCUCCUAAUCCAUACCCUCACCAAGAGGAACCUCCCUCACUACUUCCUAGCAUCUGUCAACCUCUACAGCAGACACUACAAAUCCAACAAUACCAUCUACAGGCCUUUAGGCCUGGAUGCCCUCCGCCAUGAGGCUGAAGUGAUGCUGGCUGACACUGUGCGAUACCUGAUCCCAGACUGUGAACCACAGCAUGAUGGCACUUAUGAAGAAACAAUGUCAGCUCUUGGGGAGUUUAAAGAAGACCAUAAGGAAGAUCUGAAGGAACUGAAAAGGAUGGAGGAUGAACAUAUGUACGAGAGUGUGGAAAUAGCCGAGGCAGUAGCGGCCAAGUCCUAGGGGAAGAAAUGUAGAUUCACAUGAGCACUGUUGUCCCCCAAAACAUACAAUGGGCCAUUCUGCCACCGCUUUCUCACCGUUUCAAUUUUUUAGUUCUCAGUGAAAAGAAGAUUCCAGUACUUACAAGUCCAAGGAUCAAAGCUUGAAAUUGUGUGGACUAUGUCUGAAGGGCUUCAAGUAAGAAUAUUCCUCUGAACAGCUCCUAUUUGUUCCUUGUUGCUAUCAAACUCAUAUGAGAGGCUCCCUAUGAGAGUCAUGGUGACAUGGAGUUACAGCAACCAGUAUUAACACUUCCACCAUCCCCAGCCAGACCAGAGAGACCUGGAGAUGAGUCUCCACUUAGCCAAAAAGUUCACUUUUACCCGUCACUGUCCCUCAGCCUCCUGUCAACAGGAGUUGUGUGGGGAUAAGAAUGGAGCUGUGUAUUCUGCCUUUUAGCCUUUUGAAGGAUAGGAUAGAGAUGUAACAUAAAUGGGAUAAAGGUGUAAUCACAUUAUCAUUUUCUCAGUAUAAAAAAAUUCAAUAGUUUUAAUGUUCCUAAUUUGAAUGUUUUACAAAUUAUUUUCUGUGAUAAACAUGUAUUCUAAUGGUGGAACUAAAGGUUUCUGGUUCUCUUCAAUGACACCAUAACCAUUACUCUCCCAGAAUCCCUCCUCCCACAACAAUAUGGCCUUGGUAACCUCUCCAAACCCGUACCAUAAUUAUAAAUCCAUGCUGUUCACUCCCAAGCAAGCAUACUCAGGGGUAUAAUUU